AUGCUCAAGGCCCAGUCACAUCAGAUCUCAGACAUCACUAAAUCCCAUAUCGGUGCAUAUACUGUCCCCGAGGUCUCGCCAUCAAGCCACACAUCUGCUCCUGCAAGAGAGCUUCCGAAUGCUACCAUGCCCUCGCCCUGGUCAUUCUCCGGAUUAGACAUACAACCAAGUAUGCCAACACUACCCCCAUUGACAAUCCCGGUCAAGCACAAAACAUCCUCUAGUUACCUCCUGAGCUUACCCCCAGUGAAAUCCCUCAUCGGGGAGUAUCCGACCGAUUUGUUUUUCAUGUUAGAAUCACGAGCCCACCUGCCCCCGGAGCUAUCAUUUGAGGCAUGGCCAGUACCAAAACGGUCAAUUGAAAUUGAACGCGAUCUUGCUACUGAUUUGGUAUCUAUCUUCUUCGCGUCGGCACAUCAGAAUCAUCCCAUAUUAGACCCGGGCGAGUUUGAGGAUACCUUUAGUCGAUUUUUGGAUACCGGAGCCGAUUCAAGUACUGCAUCGGCUUUAUGCAUGGUUGUCCUAGCACUUGGUGCCGUCGCUGCUUCACCACCUGAUGCUCAUACAUUUCUUCAUUCACCCCCGGGCAUGCAGUACAUGCACCACGCCAUGCCAACCCUCCUCACCCAGUCAGCAUGGUCAUUCUCAUGUAGUCUCAUGCUACCACAGGCGCUCGUUCUUGCUAGCGUGUACUUUGCAUAUAUCGUCCGCCCCCUUCAAAGUUGGCGACUCAUCUACUCUGCCACGACGAUAAUUCAGUUCAAACUUUCGGGAAUUGACAGUCAACAGAAAGAACCUUGGUGGCGUGAGAGCUUGAUCCGUCUAUUUUGGUCUUGCUUUUUGAUCGAAUGCGAUCGACUCGCCGAGCUGGAACUCCCACGAAGUGGUUUGCAACAACUGACCGACGAAAUCAGUCUCCCGGAGUGUACUAAUCUUGAGAUGAUGCAAUCGACUUGCUACCUCGCGGAGAUAUCCAUUCGAAGAUUACUAAAUCGCGUGCAUAAUUCCCUCUAUCCGAGCAAGAAACACGCUUUGACUCUAUCGUCCAUCACAUUGACCACACCGGAGGAAUUUUCCAUGGAUGAUAUAUCAUCCAUAAGUGCGGUUUGCGAUGAGCUACAUUCACAACUCGAGUUGUGGCAUUCUUCGAUACCAGACAUCUUUCGUCCCAAUAUUAAAGCUUCCAUGCAGGAGUCGAAUGAUCGCCAGGCAAUACUACGGAUUAGGUAUUUCGCCGCCCGUCAUAUCAUAUACAGGCCAUUCGUUCUCUUCCUUGUUACCCACGAUGUAACCUGCAUAUCCCAUGAUAUUGUGGAGAAGGCUGGGAUUUGCAUCGAGAGCUGCCGAUGUUACAUCCACAGCACGACUCGGAUCCUGAAACAUCCGAGCCAGUAUACGUGGACAUUCUCGUUAUCAUCACUGGGUGCCAUUGUGAUUCUAACGCUUGCUUCACUCAAUCCCGCUUUGCAGCAUUUGGUGACCGAUAUUGACGCACUACAAAACCUGGCUUUGAAUAAUAUUCGACCGUGGGCUUUUUCCAGUCUUGAAGCUGUUAUAACUAUACUUGAAGACGUUCAGAAAAAGCAAAGACUUUUCACCCGUAUGAAUUGCCGACACGUGAAUUGA